AUGUCUACUUGUCUUUUGGCGUUGCGACUCCCGCGAACUGGACUGCGCAUCCGUGCACAUGCACCUGCACGUCUAGCGACCCUCUCGGCGCACACGAAGCUGCUCUCCACGUUGCCUAACAUACCAAUCUUCCGUGCCCUGCAAAAUCAUGAUACCUCUAGCUUAGCGGUCGUUCACAGUGCAUCAACCCGCAGCUUUACAUAUGGCAAUCUGGUUGCCGAUGUCCUCCGCGCCAAAGAUGAUCUUGAGCGCAAAGCUUCGGGCAAGCUGACUGGGGAGCGGGUUGCGUUCUUGGCGGAGAAUAGCUAUGACUAUGUAAUCACCCUCCUAGCCAUCUUCGCCAGUGAUGCGAUUGCCCUUCCUCUGUCUCCGUCGUUUCCUGUUGGUGAGUUACAAUAUAUCAUGGAUAACUCUCGGGCGAAGGUGCUGCUUGCGACGGAGAAGUAUGCGGAUAAGGCCGGUCAAAUUCUCAAGGCAGGGUUGGAGUUGGAGCCGCUGUUUGAUAUUAGACAAAAAAUUGAGGUUGGAGGAAGUGUGGAAUCUGUUCAGCUGGAUAAUCGCGAACGGAGUUCGUCCGGAAUGAUGCUAUAUACUUCGGGAACUACCAAUCGACCGAAAGGUGUACUUAUUCCCGAGUCUGCAAUCACUGCUCAAGCAUCCUCUCUUUUACACGCGUGGAAAUAUACGCCACAGGACCGCCUCCUCCACCUGCUUCCACUACACCACAUCCACGGCGUAGUAAACGCAACCAUAGCACCGAUAUUCUCCGGGUCCUCUAUUGAAUUUAUGUACCCAUUCAACCCCGAGCAAGUCUGGCGCCGCCUUGCUGCACCGUUUCUCCCAUCUGAAACCGAGACCAAGACCAGCAAAUCAAAAAUCACUUUCUUAACCGCCGUCCCGACAAUUUACAACCGCCUAAUGACAUCAUUUCCUUCACUUCCCCCGGAGAUUCAAUCCGCAGCGCAGAAGGGUAUACAUCCAGACCACCUUCGUCUCAAUAUCUCAGGCUCGGCGGCUCUCCCAACACCCACGAAAGAGAAAUGGACCUCCCUUAGCGGUGGUAACGUCCUCUUGGAACGUUUCGGAAUGACGGAAGUCGGUAUGGCAAUCAGCUGUGGCCUGGAUCCAGUAGACCGUGUCGACGGUAGCGUCGGGUGGCCUCUUCCAGGCGUUGAAGCACGCCUCGUCGACACGGAGACUGAUCGCCUCAUACCCGUGGGCCAAGAAACAGAUGCCAAUGGUCGAGCUCUCGAAGGUGAAAUCCAGUUACGGGGAGAAACAAUCUUCCCCAAGUACUGGGGCAACGAGAAAGCUACGACAGAAAGCUUUGUUCAGGCAGAUGACGACGGGAAACCCUGGUUCCGCACUGGUGAUGUUGCCACGAGACGGGUCGUCGAUGGAACUGGCAAAGGCAGUAGUGGUGAAUGGGCGCAGGGACCCAUGUAUUUCAUCAGUGGACGGAAGAGUGUUGAUAUAAUCAAGACGGGAGGUGAGAAAGUGAGCGCUUUGGAGGUUGAGAGGGAAUUGCUUUCUCUACCACAAGUUACUGAGGCAGCUGUCGUUGGUCUCCCAUCCGAACAAUGGGGUCAAAAGGUCGCCGUUGUAUUGGUUUUAGACCCCGAAGCAGCGACAAGCGGACGAAAUGGCAAGUCAUGGGGUCCGAUGGACAUGCGGCGUGCAUUGAAAGAUCGGUUGGCGGGAUAUAAGAUUCCACAAGAGAUGAAGGUUUUGGAGAGUAUUCCUCGGAAUGCCAUGGGGAAGGUGAACAAAAAAGCUCUCGUCAAGGAGGUAUUUGGAGUGUAG